GAUUAUGCUCAGUAUUAUUAAGAAUGAUUUUCACUCGUCCCUGGCUGAUACAACAAGAUUAGGCUUUAGCCUCACGCACCAGCCCAGAAUAGUAACCCCACCACCACCAUCGAUCUACUUUCUGCUAAUCAUUUCAUUGGGUUGGGACGAUGCCACUGGAGAAAAUAACAUGCAAAGACAAGAAACGAAAAAGGGACUCAGGUAUGUGGUUGGACAUGCACGGUGAUGAUGAACCAGACUCGAUGACAGCGGCAUUCUUCAGAUGCAUCUACCAGUGGAUGGAUCAACAUGGUAGAGUUGACAGAUUAGAUCGCAUCCAGCCUCAUCUCACUCUUCAACGGCGUCAUCCGUCAUCGAGAUCCACAAGCUCUGACCACCGCAAGAUUGGAUUGCUGCGGGGUCCGGCCUUGCCGAUUCCCAAAUCCAGCUGGGAGCGAGGUCAGCACACCCCGGCUCUCAUUCGCCCGGCGGGUGCACUACUGUGGGAUGCCGUCGAGGUGCCGGUCUGUCACCUCUGCCUCGACGCGGAUGAGAUUAUUCCCGCACCACGGCAGCCACUUCGGUUGUUCCCCCGUGGCCAGCUUCCCGAUGCCCAUCCCGCUGCUAAAGUGUGUAUCGGAAUUUAUCCUCUGGUCAGGGAUGAAUGCCGACCACCUCGAAGUCGGCAGAUGGCGAACCGUCACCCCGCUUCCAGAUCUACGACGUAGGCGAGUGACCUCACAGGGUACCCCGCGACCAGGCG